UUCUCAUUCUCUAUCCCCUGUUCUCAAUCCUCUCGAAGCAUAUUCUCGCUCUUCUCUCUCUCUCUCUCUCUCUCUCUCUCUCUCUCUCUCUCUCACUUCUUCUAGGGUUUCUCCCUGUAUUGUGGAAAGGAUCUCUAAUUUGUGCGGUGGAAGCGAUCAUGACGAUCUCGAUGGUGGGGAUGGUGUCGCCGGCGAGCGGGUUGGCGGGGAGGUGGCGGAGGAAGAGGGCGGAGAGGGGUGGAGGUGUGAGGUGCUCCGCCGCCGCCACGGGGGGUCUAACGGAGCAGUAUAGGACGCUCAGGAUAAGGCCCGGGGCGACGGAGAGCGAGGUGAAGAGGGCCUUUCGGCAACUCGCGCUUCAGUAUCACCCAGACGUUUGCAAAGGGAGUAAUUGUGGUGUUCAAUUCCAUCAGAUUAAUGCGGCUUAUGAUAUUAUUAUGGACAACUUAAGGCAAGCCGAGGAGGCGCCGGAAAAUUCGUGGGCCUCGCCGGAGUGGAGCGAGGACGGCUACGGCGACGAGCCGAUGCGGGGGAUGUGUGACUCAAGCUGGGACAUGUGGGAGGAGUGGAUGGGGUGGGAGGGUGCAGGAAUUAGAGACUAUUCUUCUCACAUCAACCCCUACAUUUGAGCUUGAUUAGCUCUUUCAAAUUUGAGCUUGAUUCGCUCUUUCAAAUAACACAAAGCCCUUGUUAAAUCUCAGGGGUUUCUCUUUAAUAAGAACCAAUGUAAAUAGUCUCUCUACAUAUUGGGCAUCAGAUAGAUGCUUAUGUAUAUAUACAUAACAUGUUCAAAUAACGUUUUAUGGUCUUUCCUCUUUUUGUUGGGAAAGUAUUUAUUAGUAUGAGAGUAAUUGUUCUUCACAAUUGUGAAGCAUUGUGUGUGUAAAUUGCAAUCCUUAUUAGCAGUUUAGUUUCCCUAGAUUCUAAUUGGCUUUUCUCUCAAUGUUACAAUGUCAUUUGCCCAGUGAAUACGUAAUUUUGAGGGGGCUUUUCUCUCAAUGUAACAUACCAGAUUGGAUAGUGAAUAAACUAUUAUCUU